AUGUUGCAAAAAUGGAACCAUCUAGACACGGCCACUAUCGUUGAACCAGCCGAAGCAAUAGUUUUAAAACCAUCGGAGGUGAUCGACCCCAUAAAGGAACGCAAAUUAAGGCGCAAAGUGGACUUGAGAUUGAUGGUGUGGUCAUUUCUCGCAGCCUUCAUCAACAUGUUAGAUCGCAAUAACAUGCAAAAUGCGUAUACCAAUGGAAUGGAAGAAGAUCUCAAUCUCAAUUCAUCAAUAUACAAUUGGGCAGUAACCGUGUUCUUUAUUGGUUAUGUGAUAACGCAAAUCCCAGCAAACAUGAUCAUCAUUCGAAUGCGUCCUAAUGUAUUUCUCCCUACAUGUGUCAUUAUUUGGGGUGCUGUUCUUUGUUUUAUGUCUAUUGUGAAGGAUCACAAAGGGCUGUUAGCGCUCCGAUUUUGCCUUGGUGUUGCUGAAGCGACGCUGUAUCCAUGUAUUGCAUUUAUCCUUGGAACAUGGUAUACAAAGGAAGAGCUGAGUAAACGACAAGCGCUGGUGGAUAUGGGUGGUCCUGUUGCUGGUGCUUUUGGUGGCAUGAUAGGAGGUGCUAUUGCUCAAAACAUGCAAAAUGCAGCAGGGCUACGUGGAUGGCAAUGGUUGUUUAUCAUUGAAGGUCUUAUGGCUAUUGUUAUCGGGUUGUCAGGAUACUUUUUACUUCCCAACUAUCCACACAACACGUCGUGGCUUUCUCAAGAAGAACGGGAGUUGGCUGUAGCACGACAAGCUGCACAGGGUAAAAGUAUAAAGUCCAAGCCAUAUAGCUGGACAAUUCUAUGGAACGUGUUCGCCACACCCUAUGCUUGGAUUGCCAUGCUCACUUUUGCAUGUGCCAAUAUGGGCAAUACAAUCUACACGAACUUUGCCAUCAUUUUACGUGAUAUGGGAUAUGGUUCUUCAUUUGCCAACUACAUGACAACACCAGCAUACAUGUUUGGAGUCAUUGUUGGGAUGUUGAUUGGGUGGAGCUCAGACAGGCACAGCGACUAUAUUGUGCACUUGAUCCUAUCGCAACUUUGGGUGGGUGGAUGGUACUUGGCCAUGGCACUUGUCAAUCACGGCAAUAAUCCAACACCUCUAGUAUUUAUUGGCACCUAUGCUAUUGCUCCAACCUUUGCCACUGUCACCUUAUCUCUCGUUGGCGUCAAUCAUAUUUUCAAGGCUGAUCAUAAUACACGGGCAUUGGCUAUCGGGUUCAUCAACAGCGUAGGGAUGCUUGCACCCAAUUUUAUCAAUGUGCGUGCAUGGGUUGUCACUGAUUCACCUGCUUUUUAUACUGGUAAGCUGACCAGCAUGGGAAUGUGUUUCUUUUCGAUUCCACUUGUGGCUUUAUUGUGGUGGUUGCUUCGUCACAAUAUCAUGUUGCCAGGGGCUACCAGCGAUGCAACAUCAGGCGAUGACAAUGAAAGCAUGCCGUCCGAUGAUCAAGGAAGUUGUAGCAAAUACGGUGCCGUCCAUCGAGUCACUCAUCCUUAA